UGUUUCGGAUCCGGAAUCUGUUAGACAGCGCUUAGUCGAUAGAUUCAUGUCCACCGGCAAUACAGAAUGUCUGCAUCUUUGGGCGUAUAAUACCCGACCAGUAGGAGCACACUGGUUGCUGCUUGCUAUCAACCCGAUAAGGGAAGUCGUGUAUUAUCUGAAUUCGGUAAAGGGUGAAUGGACCAAUUAUCCGGCCAUGAAGGAAAUCGUUGAUUUAUCAAUACAAGUAUUCCGUAGUCAACGGGACGCACAGGUAUCCCGGACUAAAUCAAACAACAUCACCUGGAUCGAAGUGCAGUGUCCGAUACAGCGUAACAGUUCAGACUGCGGAUACUUUGUAUUGAGGUUUAUGAAAGAAAUCAUUCAGGCGAAUCAAUUAGAGAUUCCUCCCACGUACCUUGACGAAUUCCGUGCUGCUGGGUACUCGAAGCUAAAGUUAGAAGAAAUCAAAGAGGAAUUGUGUCAAUUUUAUAUUAAGCAAUUUUUCAUGCAGAUUUGAACUAUAAUAUUGUUGAUUUUGUAAUGAUGUAUAUAUAUAAUUUUGUAAUGAUGUAUAUAUAUAAUUUUGGAUAUU